GAAACCGCGCCAAGCUGGAAGAGAAGGUGUGGGCGUGGCUUCAGCCCUGCUGCGGGAAGAAGUUUUACUUCGCCGGCUCCCAAGUAGACUUGGUUGGCAUUCUUGUUCCUCCUCCGGGUUCGUCCCCCCGUCACGUGUCAAAUGAAGGGCUUGUUCUGACGGGCGGAGAUGCCCACCAGGAAGAGGAAACGGACAUGGUACACAGACCUUGCUUCUUUUCCAGAUGAGAAGCCUAUAGGUGAAGGCAAAGUAAAUUCUGGAGAGGCAGUGGAUGCUGCAGCAGUUUCCAGUGCAUGGCUUCAUUGUGGAGAUGGAUUUCAAACAACUUCUUCACUGGAGACUUCAGGUUCUUCAGAAAAACCAUCCAGAGUUAAAAAGUGCUUUGCAUCAUUGCUUAGCUCUAUUGAAGGUAUCUCUAAAAGUGAGAGUUCAAGUGAAUUCACUGACAUAGUGUGGAGCUCCAGUGAGAGUGACUUCUCAGAUGAUGAAAAUAAGGCUUUGACUUCAAGACGUCCUUGUCUAAAAGUGGAGAAAUACAGAAAAUACGAACGGCUUAAUGAAGAUGAAUAUAAUGAAGGUGAACCACAGUUCAUUGACUGGGAGAAUGAUAGUGAUUAUCAGGAUGAUGCUGAACAAUAUAGUGGAUCAAAAACUGAUGGCACUCCUUUAGACAUAUCGGACACUGAUUCUUGCACAAAUAGCAACUUUAUGCCAGAUAAAGAAAAGGAAGAUGAAUAUUCAAAGACAGUUUCUGCAGAAAUCUCAGAAUAUUCAUCAGGCAGUGAGAAUCUGGAAGAAAGCAAAAUAGAAACGACUAAUUUAGAGUUUCCUAAAAAUAUCCCGGCACAUUUUGGAAGAAGAGUUGAGAUGGAUACUGGAAUAUCAGCAAGUGACUGGUUAAAAUCUGCUCAGGCCCUUCUACAGACACCCAAGAAAAAGGCAGACAAGAGUUUGAGGACUCCAGAAGAUUCUGCAAAGAAAAGAAAAUUACUGAGGGGAGGGCUAGCGGAGAGAUUGAAUAGGCUGCAGAACCGAAAGAGGGCUGCCAUUAGCUUUUGGAGACAUCAGUGUAUUUCAGAUGAUCAAACAGCUUCAGGUAGUAAAUCUGGUGUACUAAUUGUGAAGAUCUUAGAAAUACACGAAGAAUGCACUCUGUACAUAGCGCUCUGCCAUCAGCUGGGACAAAUGUGCGGUGAUAAUUCUUCUGCAGAAGAAAUUGCUGACCCUCAGCCUAAAAUUAAAGUUCUUUUUGCAAAAGAAACAGCAGCUCAUCUCAGGGUAGCUCCACAGGAUGUCAUACAUGUCCAUCCUCCUUGGCAAAAACUUCUCCUGGAUGAAAAUGUUCCUGUUAUCAUUAAUACUUAUUUCAGCCAAAAGGUCAUUUUUAAAGAAACAACAGAGAUGGAUAGGCCACAUUUUCAAGAGCCAUUGCUUACUAAAAGAAACAUAUCUUUGGCCCAGAUACUAAGUUUAUCCGAUGUAAAAAAUAAUCCGUGUCAAGCAUCUGAAGUUAAUCAGUUUUCCUAUCCUGAUAUGAAGACUUCCAAGGCUGCACAUUCUCAUAGCAACAAUGACCCCAAACUAUUCCCCUUUGCAAUUACUUUCCUGAGUGACUCUCUUCUUGAUGUUGUGGAGACACAAGGAACAGCCAGAGGAAGAGGAAUGCAGGUUCGAGUAGUUGUUCAGAGAGUCUAUUAUCUCCCUGCUAAAGAAGUCAGAUGUCGUCUUCAAGAAAACAACCUUGCCCCAAAUACAGCACCAUUUUUAAACUCAGACCUCCCAAAUGUUAGAUUGUGUUUCCUUAUCCAGGAUGUCUAUGGGAUAUUCAGUGAGGUACAAUUUCAGGACCUAUUUUCUUCUCCAGAAGAGAUCGAAGAAUGUAGCCAAAGAUGGGAAGGAAAAUGCUGCCAUUUGACAGGAAUGAAAAUUUUGCAGAGACUCACCAGAGGGAGCAUGCUGGGGCUGUUUAGCCUAAUAGACAGUUUAUGGCCUCCUGUAUUGCCUCUAAAAGUUCCUGGCCGAAGUCAAGAGAAUGAAAUGCAUGUUACAGCUAACCUGCCUCCUCCAGGUUUCUGUUACAUUCUUGCUGCUCAUCCUGAACAAAGACACAUUGAAGCAGAUGAGACAGAACAAAUUUCAAAUUUGUAUUUUCCCCCAGUGGUUCACAAUCUCAAGGAAAUUCUUCAGAUGCGUGACUUAAAUCAAUGUUGCAGCUUUUGGGCAUAUGUUAUCUAUCGAAGACUGCAGGUAACCGGUAGUACUCUGAGCCAAAGGCAGUUUUGGCUGUUUGUGACUGAUUCCUCCCUGCAGAAUGAGACUGAGAUCAGUCCUGGAACUCCAAAAACCCUGCCAAUCUCCAUUGCUUCAUCAUGUGUGGUUGAUGGGAAAGUAAUGGAAGCUCUUAAUAACACAUCCCCCUGUGUUAUUUUCUUCAAGGAUGCUCUGUGUGGAAAUGGUAGGAUUAUUUGCGUUGAACGUACCGUUCUCUUGUUACAAAAGCCCCUUUUGUGUAGUGCUGCUGGUUCUGACAUCAUGGAACUGACUGGCCCUGUCAAACUAGACGAGCUGGAUUCUGCCACUCAAGUCAAUUCCAUUUGUACUGUAAGAGGUACUGUUUCUGGAGUUAAUGAGAGAACUGCGGUCUCCUGGCCUACAUGUAACAGAUGUGGCAAUGGAAAAGUAGAGCAGCAUCCACAGGACAGAGGAUUGCUUUACUGCAGCCAGUGUUGUGAAACCAUAAUUGCACCAGUUCUCAAAAUACACCUGGAAGUUUUUCUGUGCUGUCAGUCUCGACCACUAUGCACUGUAAAAGUAAAGCUGCUGCAAAAGACAAUAUCCUCACUUCUGAAUUCUUCCCGCACUAUCGAUGGGAGUUAUGAAGUAAAGACCGUGCUGGGAAAGGAGGUGGGGUUUUUGUAUUGUUAUGUCCAAUCUGUAACCAGCCACCCAUCGAGCUGUGUUGGGUUAGAAGAAAUUGUUCUCCCAGAUGCAGGAAGAAACUGAAGGAAGUACUGUCUACUACUCUGUCUAUGAACUUUGUAAAAGAGUUAUAAACUAUACUUGUAGAUAAUGUAUAAUGCAGGCCUAAUAAAUACUAAGUUAGUGUACUGAGA